CCUCCUCCUCCUCACCCACUCCCCGUUCGUCCGGGUCUCCUCUCCUCCCCCGCCGACGCGCACUCGAUCCCCCCCGCCUCCGCCUCCGCCUCCGCCUCCGCGUCGCCCAUCUCGAGAUCCCCCGCAUGGCGACGCUCACCGUCCCCUCCGCCGUCCCGCCCGUCGCCGACGACUGCGACCAGCUCCGCAAGGCCUUCCAAGGGUGGGGCACGAACGAGGCGCUCAUCAUCUCCAUCCUGGCCCACCGCGACGCGGCGCAGCGGCGCGCCAUCCGCCGCGCCUACGCCGACACCUACGGCGAGGAGCUCCUCCGCAGCAUCACCGACGAGAUCUCCGGCGACUUCGAGAGGGCCGUGAUCCUGUGGACGCUGGACCCGGCGGAGCGCGACGCGGUGCUCGCCAACGAGGUCGCGAGGAAGUGGUACCCAGGGAGCGGGAGCCGCGUGCUGGUCGAGAUCGCGUGCGCGCGCGGCCCCGCGCAGCUGUUCGCGGUCAGGCAGGCCUACCACGAGCGCUUCAAGCGCUCGCUCGAGGAGGACGUCGCGGCGCACGCCACUGGUGACUUCCGCAAGCUCUUGGUGCCACUUAUAAGUGCUUACCGCUAUGAGGGGCCGGAAGUCAACACAAAGUUGGCACAUUCAGAAGCCAAAAUUCUGCAUGAGAAGAUCCAGCAUAAGGCAUAUGGUGAUGAUGAGAUCAUCAGAAUUCUCACUACUAGGAGCAAGGCUCAGUUGAUUGCGACAUUCAAUCGUUACAAUGAUGAAUAUGGUCACCCAAUCAACAAGGAUCUCAAGGCUGAUCCCAAGGACGAGUUCCUUUCCACGCUGCGUGCAAUCAUCCGCUGCUUCUGUUGCCCUGACAGGUACUUCGAGAAAGUCAUCAGGUUGGCCAUCGCAGGCAUGGGAACAGACGAGAACUCCCUCACUAGGAUCAUUACCACUCGUGCCGAGGUGGAUCUGAAGCUGAUCACGGAGGCGUACCAGAAGAGGAACAGUGUCCCGCUGGAGCGUGCGGUCGCAGGGGACACCUCCGGGGACUACGAGAGGAUGCUUCUUGCUCUUCUGGGUCAGGAGCAGUGAGCCAUGCCUAUCUUGCCCAGUCACACACUUCAUGUGAUCAUGUCAUAUCAGAGAAUAAACCUGUUAUGCAGGGGACACAGCCGUGGUGAUUAUGAUGUUGUUUUUCCAGUGUACGGUACUGUUUGCUGCAGCUUGCAUAACAGUGACGAUGAAAUAAAUCAUAGUGGAAUGCGUUGGCUCAUGGGACCUCACUUAUUUUGCA